AACGAAAAGAAAAGAAAAGAAAGGGGAGGAAAAUCUAUUAUUAUCUUUGAGCUGAGGAGAGUGAAGAGCCAACCGCCCACAAAACACAAGCAGAAAGACAAAGAGAAAGACUGAAAGAGUACAAAUUUGGGUGCGAAAGUAGAGAAAAUAUCUGUCCACAAACAGGAAAAACGCUUGAUAAAUGAUAAUAUCCCCACUUUUUUUCAAAGACUGUAAAACCCUUCUUAAACCUCCCCUUUCUUUAUUCUCUCUUCUCUUCUGUACCUCUUCUUGUCCAAAAAAUGCCCAAUUUCUCUUCUUUUCUCUAGAAGUUUACUUCUUCUUCUCCGUCAACAAUGGCCUCCCUUCUUCCGGUACCAGAUAUCUCCAGGCCUCUCAUACUCAAACUCGGCUCUACUUCUCCUUCUCUGCGGACCCUUUUCCAUGUCAACGGCCCUUUCCUCUACAAACACAUGCACAAACACAGACGCAAUAAUCGGUCUUCAUUUCCAAUAUUAACCACCCAGGCUGUCUACACUCAAGGGGGAGUCUCCAUCUCCAGUCUCGACACCCACAAAUUGGCUCCAAAAAGAGAAAUGGUGGAGCUCGAGACUGAUGCCAUCUCCAUUCUCAACGAAAGAAUACGCCGUGAGCACGGCAAGAGAGAGGCCACAAGGCCUGUAAUGGACUCCCAGGAGGCUGACAAGUACAUUCAGCUGGUGAAGGAGCAGCAGCAGAGGGGAUUGCAGAAGCUCAAAGGCGAUAGGGAAAGAAAGGAAGGGGGUGUUUUUAGCUACAAGGUUGAUCCUUACACGCUGCGUUCUGGGGACUAUGUUGUUCACAAGAAAGUAGGCGUUGGCAGAUUCGUUGGGAUUAAGUUCGAUGUGCCUAAGGGUUCCACUGAGCCCAUUGAGUACGCCUUUAUCGAGUAUGCUGAUGGUAUGGCUAAGCUUCCUGUUAAGCAGGCUGCUCGCAUGCUCUAUCGAUAUAAUCUCCCAAAUGAAUCAAAAAAGCCUAGGACUUUAAGCAAGUUGAGUGACACUAGUGUAUGGGAGAGGAGAAAGAUCAAAGGGAAGGUUGCAAUUCAAAAGAUGGUUGUAGAUUUAAUGGAGCUCUAUUUACAUAGGCUGAAACAAAGAAGACCUCCUUACCCAAAGAGUCCUGCCAUGGCUGAAUUUGCAGCUCAGUUUCCUUAUAAACCUACACCAGAUCAAAAGCAGGCUUUUAUUGAUGUAGAGAAGGACUUAACAGAGAGAGAAACUCCAAUGGAUAGAUUAAUAUGUGGAGAUGUUGGGUUUGGAAAAACAGAAGUUGCAUUACGUGCCAUCUUUUGUGUAGUAUCAGCAGGGAGGCAAGCUAUGGUAUUGGCACCCACAAUUGUUUUAGCCAAGCAACAUUUUGAUGUCAUUUCAGAGAGGUUCUCCAAGUAUCCUAGUACAAAGGUUGGACUUCUUAGUCGGUUUCAGACUAAAGCAGAGAAAGAGGAGCAUUUGAACAUGAUAAAAAAGGGUGAUCUGGCCAUUAUUGUAGGAACUCACUCACUUCUUGGAAGCCGUGUUGUGUAUAAUAAUCUAGGCCUUCUUGUAGUUGAUGAGGAACAGAGGUUUGGUGUCAAGCAAAAGGAGAAGAUUGCUUCCUUUAAAACUUCAGUUGACGUUCUUACUCUCUCUGCAACACCUAUACCCAGAACACUUUAUUUAGCAUUGACCGGUUUCCGUGAUGCCAGUUUAAUUUCAACACCACCUCCAGAAAGGGUUCCUAUCAAAACUCAUCUUUCAGCAUUUGGUAAAGAAAAGGUCAUUGCAGCAAUUCAGUAUGAGCUGGACCGUGGUGGACAAGUAUUUUAUGUCUUACCUCGUAUUAAAGGAUUGGAAAUAGUGAUGGAUUUUCUUGAACAAUCAUUUCCAGAUGUUGAUAUAGCUAUUGCUCAUGGGAAGCAAUAUUCCAAGCAGCUUGAGGAAACCAUGGAGAAAUUUGCCCAGGGUGAUAUUAAGAUUCUUAUUUGCACAAAUAUAGUUGAAAGUGGGCUUGACAUUCAAAAUGCAAACACUAUCAUCAUUCAGGAUGUUCAACAAUUUGGCCUGGCACAGUUAUAUCAGUUGCGGGGAAGGGUUGGGCGGGCAGAUAAAGAAGCUUAUGCAUACUUAUUUUACCCUGAUAAGUCCUUGCUAUCUGACCAAGCGUUGGAGAGGCUUGCAGCUCUUGAAGAAUGCCGUGAACUUGGCCAAGGUUUUCAACUGGCAGAGAGAGACAUGGGUAUCAGAGGCUUUGGUACCAUCUUUGGUGAGCAACAGACAGGGGAUGUUGGAAAUGUUGGCAUUGAUCUUUUCUUUGAAAUGCUUUUUGAGAGUUUGUCCAAGGUUGAAGAACAUCGUGUAGUUUCAGUUCCUUACCAGUCAGUGCAGAUUGAUAUAAGCAUAAACCCUCGUCUCCCUUCUGAGUACAUAAAUUAUCUAGAGAACCCCAUGGAAAUCAUUAAUGAAGCUGAGAAAGCAGCUGAGAAAGAUAUCUGGAGUUUGGUGCAAUUUACAGAGAAUCUUCGACGGCAACAUGGAAAAGAGCCUUAUUCCAUGGAAAUUCUUUUGAAGAAGCUUUAUGUACAGCGAAUGGCAGCAGAUCUCGGGAUAAGCAGAAUAUAUGCUUCAGGAAAGAUGGUUGGCAUGGAAACCAAUAUUAGUAAGAGGGUUUUCAAGCUGAUGACAGAUUCCAUGACAUCUGAUGCGCACCGGAACUCUUUGCUUUUUGAGGAAGACCAAAUAAAGGCAGAACUUCUUCUGGAGCUGCCGCGAGAGCAACUGCUCAAUUGGAUCUUUCAAUGCUUGGCAGAACUUCAUGCUUCACUUCCUGCUCUUAUUAAAUAUUAGAUAUCUUUGUUGAGCAUAGUAUGUUUGACUUUUUGUUAGUUGCUUCCCUUGCCAUUAAGGUCAAGAUUGCAUAGUUUCACCAAAGCAAUCUAUGAAUUUAUGAGAAAGGAAGCCCAUAAUCUGUUGUGCUCCAAUGCGUUUUGGCCCCUUGCAUAAAUCAUACGAGGAUGCAAGACAAGAAACGAAACCAGUGGCCAUUCAUAGAUACUUAGGUUGUAGUGUUCAACGUGGUAGAAUCUGAUACUGUUUCGAGGUUAUGCGAGGUUGCAAGAGUAAGCAAGCCAAUGUCCUUCUGCUUCUGCUUUAACGGAUUCCUUUUUUCUGACGAUGCUGCGAUUUGGUCACAUGGGUAUCUUACCGUAAGCUUAUCGUCUCAAGGAUGUACACAUACUGAAGUUGAAAAAGAGCAUAGGGAGGUUCAUGCUGCUCAUAACAAUUACAUAGAAGCUGUCAGUGUUUAAUUGUCAUCAGUGGGUUAGGUUGAGGCACCGUAUAGAAUGGUCUCAACAUAUAUUAUUGAAAGAGGCAGGAAGAGUGUAUACUUUUGUGCAGUGAUUGCACGCGUUCUUUUGAAGAUAAACAUUUACUAAUGUAAUUAUUCGCAGGAAAUCCAGAGAAAGGAAAACAAAGAAAAAGAAAAGGAAUGAAACAGGGACAGUGAUUAUAGCCGCCAAUAACAUUAUUCUUUUUUCGCAGCUUUCUGCAGAUAUCUUGAUGGGCUUUUUUUUUUCUGGUA